AUUAUCUCAUCCCUUCCCUUUCCUUCCCACACGCUCAUAAUUACGAGCCAAUUUUUCAUUUUUUUUCUGAAUUCGUUCCCGCGAGCGAGUCUUUGCAAUGAGAUUAGGGUUUUCUUGGAACGAUCAGAGGCGGUGAUGCUUCGUGGACCUUUUGAUUUUUUACCUAUUAGGAGUGAGAUUGGUUGAUUGAAUACCUAGGGUUUCGGUUUUGAAAUAUGUCCGGGAAUUCGAGGGACCGAAUCACCAUUACUCUUGGCCGCAGUGGCCAGGUAGUAAAGAGGGCUGGUCAAGUAUCGGAUGUUUCGUAUGCUGAUUCUCUGCCUGCAGCUGGGACUAAGCGGUCUGUCAGAGAUAGAAUAGGAAGUAAUGUACAUAGUUCCUUAUCAAAUGGAAGCGAACUCUACAACAAACGCCAACGUGGAGAUAUCAGUAUGCGAAGUUUGGGUGCUAAUGGUUCAAAUGAUGUACGCAUUGGUAGAGAUGACCUCCGAUUUAAACUCAUGCAAAAGAAUGCAUCUAGAAGAGUUCACGAUGAUGAUGAUCAGAAGCGUGUUGACCUACGUGAGAAGUUGUCAAAGACCAUUCGGCCCCGGUUAACUACUCUUGAUUCAAGGCAGCGCUUUGUGGAACCCAAAGACACAGGCUUCUUGGGGCGAAUUCCUUCUACAAGAAGUCCAGAUGAUUUGCCUCGGAUGGAUUCAAUGAGAGCUUCUUAUUCUACAUGGACUUUGGAUCAUUUAAGACGAAGAUCACCUGAUAGAGCUCUAGGUAUAGGUACCUCUAGGGGUCUCUCCCCACCUAGGAAUGUGGAAGAACUGCAUGGAAGGCCAUUGAACAGGACAACUGACGACAUAAGGUCAGUUCAACAUAUGAGGAAAGAUGUUUUUGAUACUUCACGACCCAUGAGUACUACCCCUUUCAUAGCAAAACCUGCAAUACCUCCUGUACCUGCGAAGCCAGUGCCGCCUCCUCUUGGACAACUUCCUCCACUGAAUGGCAUUGGACAAAAUAUUUCAUAUGCGGGUGAUGAACAGAAAACUAUUGAUGGCUUGUUACAGUCUCUGGGUUUGGGAAAAUAUGCAAUUAUUUUCAAAGCUGAGGAAGUGGAUAUCACUGCAUUGAAGCAGAUGGGGGAAACUGACCUCAAAGAACUUGGAAUACCUAUGGGGCCAAGAAAAAAGAUUCUUCUUGCUCUUUUGCCUCGAUCCAAACGACAACCAUGACAGUUUCACUUUUGAAGCAAAGUUAAUUGUAGUCCUGUUCGUUUUUGUGAUGGGGAGCAACCAUCGGGAAUAUUUUACAUGACAUGAAUAGUGCGUGCAACUCAAAUUCGGUUUGAAAGUGGCCCAUGAAUCAGUUCACUUUUUUCCCAUUUGGAGAAUGAAUCAGGUAAUACACACCCCCCCCACCCCACACCCCCGGCAGCGCAUUCAUAUAUCAACCGGAAAUCAUUGAGUAGAAGACUGGUGAGGCCAUGCAUAGUCCGGUAAGGUGUAGAAACAAGUGUCAUCCACUUGGUUGAUUAAACAUAUUAUAUCAUAUGGUUGGGCUGUGAUGGUUGCAAAUCCGCGUGAGUGUAAGGCUGUUCCAGUAUUAAUUGAUCUUGAUUAAUAUGUUGGUAGUAUCUUGUGAUUUUCCAGCUCAGGGCAUUACUCUUAUCCCCAGAUGUUUUAGAGGGGAAACUUGAUAUGUAGCAAGCACAAGGCAUUGGAGGAACUGUCAGACAAUCAAUUAAAAACCUUACAAGUUAGUGGACCUGAUGGCUGAUUCGAAAAUGAACUAAAUUAGAUACUAAAUUUACAAUGCCAACUACCAAUUGGGUACACGUUUUAUAUGGAACUUGUAGUUAUUAUUGUGCUUAAGGAAUACGUUUUAUAUAAUCAAGUAGUGGGAUAGGGUUUUGGAGUGGUAGGGAUCUGUCUAUUUUGCGUCAAACUUGUAACAUUCUUAAGCAUUAGUCAAUUUUCAAUACCAGACUAAA